CCCACCCUGCGUUCCUCAUUGGUUGUUGGUGGCUCCGGUCGGACCUGAUUGCCCCGCCCUUCGACGGUCAUUGGUUGUUGCCUGGUCCGCUAACGGGUGGAUUCUGCGCAGUAGCGGCACCGCGGAAAUUCAAAUUUGAACAGAAGUUGUUUUGUGCAGAAGAUAGACGUCGUUCUGUGAGCGAGCACCGAGCUGCGUGCCGCGCCCGGAAAACAGCACAAAAACAAUUAAAGUGUUAGUUUAACACGGGAACUGCUUCCGGAAUGGAUCCUUUUACUGAGAAACUGUUGGAGCGGACCCGGGCCCGCAGGGAGAACCUGCAGAAGAAGAUGUCAGAGAGACCAACUGCAGCGAACAGACAGAUGGUUAAAAGAGCCAGAGAGCCGCUGGCUGACACCAACAGUGUCAUCAGUGAGCCGGUUAUUGAUAAAGAAACACAGGCAGCUUCUAAGCCUUCUCCCUCCAAGAGAAGGUACUCUGAGGAAAAUAUCCAGCCGGUCCCAGAGGAGAACCAAGAACCACUGAUGACACGACCUGCGGCUCUCAUGCUUCAGGAUCCUCUUACAGUCAAAAAAACCCCGACAGGACUACCAAAAAUCUGCCCUUCAUCCUCCAUGGGAAGAACUGUUAAUCAGCCCGCCAUCCAGUCCCCAACAGAGCAGCUUCAAACUCCACAACCAGACCCAGAAACGGCUGCUCUGAGUCCUGCACCUGCUGUUUCAAGCAGCAGGGAAGCAGAAAUGUUGCCUGCCGGUUCAGCCCGGCAGAGAAAGGAGGAGGAUGUGGUAGAAGGCUCAGCACUGUCUGCUACUGCUGCUGGGAUGAAGACUCGCCUCCAGAGACUUGCAGAGCAGAGAAAGUGUUGGGAUGGAGAUGUCUUCUCAGGCUCGCAUGAGGCCGUUUCAGACUGCACUCCUCUGACUAUGAUGAAAAGACAAGUUGAUGCCCCACCAGCUGCUGUCAUUACCCCAUCAUCAGAAGCUCCACUAGGCAGGAGAGGCAGGCUGGCAAACCUGGCUGCCACCAUUGGAUCCUGGGAGGACAACCUUAGCCAUGUAGCUGUUCCCAAAGCAAACACACAAGGGAAGUUUACUCCAACCUCUGGUCCCAAGUUUGCCUGCAGAGAUACAAGUGUGGCUGUGAGCAGUAAACCACGUGAGGCUCAGGGUGUGGGUUCUUCACUCAAGUCCAGCAGUGUGGUUCCUGCAAGUCCUCAGAACACUGACAUCCCUGCAACCAAACCACGAAUUCAGUCAGUAAACAGUCCUCAAAAUAAGUCUUUCCAAGGCUGCUCUGCCAGUCCCCAGGACACGUGCUCCACCUCGACACCAGUGCCUCAAAGACCUGUGAAGAAUCAGGGCUUUCCUACCAGCCUCAGUGCUACCACCAGUCCACAGAAGAUUGAACUUUCCACCAAGCCUACAACUGCUGGACCCACUACCUUUCAGAAUAAAUCAUCUACUGGAGCACCUGUAGGUGUAAAGUCUUUCCUGGAGCGAUUUGGGGAGAGGUGCCAGGAGCGUUCCCCAGUCCAGCGACCCACCAAGGCCAACACUCCGACAAGUGUUACACCAAACACCAGACUGAUGCAGGAGAAGCUCCGAGCCGCCCAGACUGCCAGUACAGCGACUGCUGAUCUCACCCAGAGACAGAAGCUGGAGCGAGAGUGUGAGCUGGCUCAGAUCCGCAGCCGGUUGCAGAAGGGAAACAAUGUGUGGAAAGACAAAGACGACUGUUCAGAAAUCAAGAAAAAUACAGAAAUCAAGGAACAGCUUUAUAAGCCAGAGUGUGGUGUUGCCUCCUGUGAGCCACAUGAAGAACCCACAUCACCAUCUGCUGAGAUCAGAGACACUCCCACCACGUGCACGCCUCCAGCUUCAGCAUCCAGUCCUCUGCGGACUGAGACACCUCCAGCCGAGAAAACCUCAGUCGACUUUGAGGUAGAGAUGAAUGUUGACCAGUCCAUCAACUCCGACGUUAUUAACGAGCUGUUUGAUGGCAUCCUUGCGCAGAGUGCAGAUCAUGGUGAUGAGGAAGAGGAAGGUGAGGAGGAAGAUGCUCUGAACAUCUCUUCCAUGUCUCUCCUCACUCCACUGGCAGAAGUGGUGAGGAGUCCAGACAGACAGAUGAUGACAUCAACUCCAUCCAGUUCCUUCAUUGUGAAGAACAACACUCCAGAACUGUCCAAAGUAAACACGUUCCAGAGAACAAAUACCACAGGGACAGCUUCCUCAGACCGUGUGGACAUCUCAGAUGAAGACCAUAUGCUGCCCUACAGCAUUGAUGCGUACAGGUCCACCAGGGUGAAGGAAGCUGACAGACCCAGUGUGAAACAGGUCAUUGUGAGGAAGGAGGACGUUUCUCACAGAGCCCAAGAGCCCAGAAGCACCAGCCACUUCAGCAUCAAACAGAAGUUGAAGAUCCUGACAAAUGAAAUAAACCUGCAGCAGACUGUGAUCCAUCAGGCCAGUCAGGCACUCAACUGCUGCAAAGAUGAAGAGCACGGCAAAGGAUCGCAAGUGGAGGCUGAAGCCGAGAGGCUGCUGCUGGUGGCAACGGAGAGGAGGGGAGCCCUGAAGGCGGAGCUGGACCGCCUGAAAGGAGAGAAGCCCACUGGCGGGAAAGCUGCUCCAGAACACACAGCCUCCAAAGGUUCCAUCACCCUGCAGGAGUUCCGCCUCCCUCUGAAGGCAGACUUUGUUUGCUCGACUGCCAACAAGCCAGACUCGACCAAACAUUCUUUUUUCAUAAUGAUUCGAGCUGGAGCUGAGAACACUGUGGCCACUCCGCUGGCGAGCACACACCGAGGCCUGAGCGGUGACACUCUCACCUUCACCACAAAGUUCAUGAUAUCAGACAUCUCAAGUGACUUUGAAAUUGAUAUUGAGGUCUACAACCUGGUUCAGAAACGGGAGGUUUUCAGUGAGAAGAGGAAAAAACCAAGCAAGUCAAAG